UUUGUAUCCACAUGCAGGAUAUAAAUAGUGUGAUUUAAAUGUUUAAAGUCCAUUAGAUUUCAGACAGAAAUAUUGUGUUUAUUUAGAAUUAGUAAAUGAUAAACUGGUUGUAAAGAUACAGGAUUAAAUUUAAAUGAACGAACAGGUAACGACGCUGACUCUGAAUGGAACGUGGCCGCUGCGUCCAGUGGGCGACAGUCAGUGUUGGAAUGCGGCCGGUCCCCGUUGCCAUGGCGACGCCGUAACUCGCGCAGCAGCGGCGGCGGCGCAGGAGACGGUGACACCGCGAGUUAACGUCCGUUUUUGCGGUACGGAGCUUCAGUGCGUGAGUUACUCGGCGUGUGCCUUCACGUGUCUCACUGCUGUUUGGGAGAGAAACGCGGAUGUUUCCUUCAAAAGAGAAAUAACGGUGACGAACUGUAGUUUCACUCGGUUAGCUUAGUUAGCUUAGCAUGAGUUAACGACAAUUCCGAUUCAUUCAAAUGUAGUAAUUCACGUUAAUUCACAAAAACAAUCCUUCACUGUAACUUAAUUAGCUCUUCAUUAGCUGUGCAGUGUUAUCGUCAGCAGUUAUACAUCCAUUAUGAGACAAAGUAUUUAAAUACAACAGUACAUUUCCUCUUGCUGGUAUCUAAUAGUAGUGAGAAGUAUUCAGACCAUCCAUUGAAGUAAAAGUACUAAUACAACUGUGUACAACGUGCUUAUCAAUACAUACAAUAUACAUAUAAACACAGCAAAUAUCUGGAAGCCUCUCAUUCGUUUUGUUCAGGAUUUAAAUCGAAAUUGAUUUCCAUGUUUAAUAGAAUUUACUUUCAGGCCCAUUUUAGUUAUUUUUAGAAGAUGACGCAGCGGAGGAGCCGCACGGAGGACAGCAGGAGGAAGCAGCAGGAAGAGUCUCUCCAAACUGAAUCGGUUCAGAUUCUCACCCUGCCAGAAACAUGUCGGUUCAGAAACAGUCUGAAGCAGAACAUCUGUGUGGAGCUGCUUCUGGAUGGCUACCACAGGUCGUUCUCUGAGUUCUUCUCCCUUCUGGACCCGGAUCGGGUUUGGACGGGGGCCCCUGAGCCGGAUGUCCGGACCCCGCUGGACGGUCAGCGGGACAAACUGGAGACCAUGCUACUGCACCUGAGACAGGCUGAGCAGGCGGAGAACACCUGCUCCUGGACCGCAGCCUGUGACCAGCGCCUCCUCCUGGGUCGGUACUUCUCGGGCCCGGAGGACCUCUGGCUCAGUCUGCACUUCUACCACAGGUGUGCGGACGCAGAGCGGGGGGGCCACUCCAGGCCGGCCACCGAGGCCCUGGCCCGCCUGGCGGAGAUCUACCUGCAGCUAGGCGAGCUGCAGCAGGCGCGGCGGCAGGCGGAGCGCUGCGUGCGGCAGGCGGACGAGGGCGGCUGGCCCCUGAGGCUCGAGGCUCGCAGGACCCUGUGGAGCAUCUACAGCCGGCUGGCGGAGGAGGCGCCGCCCGCCGAGGCCCAGCAGCUGCUCCACGAGGGCCGCAGAGUAGCUGCUGAGUCCGAAGACAAACGCAACGAAUCAGAAGCCUGCUAUCGCCUCGGGCUGACCUAUCAGAGAGCAGGAGACCAUGACAAGGCCAAAAAGUUCUUAAACUCCUGCAUCCAGAUUGGUGACGGGCUGGAUGCAGACUGGUUGGGGAAGUCCUACAAAGCUUUGGCUGUAUCUGUAAAGAGGGUUACACACAUGACGCACUCCAGUUCCUGGAGAAGAUGGUCGUCAUCUCUCGAGGCAACGAGCAGAAACACAACCUGGCAGACGGCCUCAUGUGUCUGGGCCACGCCUACUUCAAGAAGAGCGAGUACAGCGCGGCGUGUGAAUACUUCCUGCAGGCCUGCGAGGUCCUCUCAUUGGCUGGAGACGUGUCUCUGCUGCAGGAGUCUCAGGUGUCGUUGGCGAUGUCUCGCGCACUUCUCUCCCAGCAGGAAACAUGCCGACGUGGUGAUGUCAUCGCCCGCCGCCCUGCGCCGCCAGAAGGAGGGGGGACAAGGACAUGGACCCGGGACACAAACGAGUCUCUGACGGAUACAUAAACAGUCUCCUUUAAGAGCGUUGUGACGACAAGUCUCUCUGAAGAUGAAUAAAUCUCUCACUAUUUCUCUUCAACUCUACAGUUUCUACAGUUUGAUGGCAUGAAACACCAGCUGUAAUUGUUUUCUCUAUUUGAUUGUAUUGUUAUUAGACAUUUAGAAGUAUGUGUUUUUUUCUAACUCCAACAUAAUAAACUGUUGAAUGAAGUUCUUGUAAACCAAUGGUUCUUUAUAAAAGCCCGU